ACACACACACACACACACACACACACACACACGUGUCCUGGGGAGGAGGGGAUCUGCCCACUCCCUCCAUCUCCACUUGUCCUCUGUCUAGCAUCCUUCCCAUCCAUCCUCUCCCCGCUCCGUCCUCAUGUCUGGUGUAUCGCCAGAGGUCAUGGACGAAAAUUCUGUUAAACCAGCCAGAACGUAAAACGUGUUCGUUUUACCAAAGACAACAGACAAAACAAUUAUGGAAAGCGAAUGACUAAUUUAAUGAGUAACGAGACGAAGCAGCACGUUUCAAGUCAGGUGCCUUUUCAGAUUUGGAUUAUGCUGACGUGCGAGCAGUUACAUUAAAGGUCUGGCUUUGGCUGAGUGUGAUUUGUGACACAGAGCUGUCUCUCUGCAGGGCAUGUUUGAGUUGUUCUGCCUCCAAGCUGUUGAGACUAAAGCCCAUUCGAUAUGCUCUUCUCUUGGAAGAAGUUGGCUGAACAGAGAGGGGGCAGGAUGGGGGAUAUCAUUGACUGCUUAAACUGCUUCCAUCACACUCCUGCAAAAAAAGCAUGACUUUUUUUAUUUAUUUCACAGGAUUUUAUAUCCCCUCCAUAUUCGUCUUUUGCAUAAUAUUUUAUACCCACACAGCAUAGAGCUACCUGCCAGUGUUUUACAGAGCUCUGCCAAUGAUAUCUAUUAUAAAUUGCUUCUUUUUAUCAUCCCACACAUUGUCUCAGAAGGCUUUAUGUCUAGUGCUGCAGUGUUCAUGUUCAGAAAGUAUCAUUUCUAAUGUGGUAUUUUCUCUUUUGACUGUGUUGUCAACCAAACCUCAGUGGAGCUGCAUGCAUGUGACCAAUGCUUUUGGUGAUUCCAGGACUUGAGAGAUUAAGUGAAGACGUGUCAUCUGGAAACAGGGAUGUGCAUUGGACCAUUAAUGAAUCAAAUAUAUUAAACAUGUAAAUGUAUAUAUUACAUGCAAAUACUCCAGUAUAUAGAACCUCCAGGUUCAUCCUUCACUGUCCCAGGUCCUUAUAUUAUUAUUAUAUAUUUAUAUAAAUAAUAUAUUAUUAUCAGUCUAAAUGAGGCUUCAGCAGUCACAUUAUUGUUAGAACCAUUUUUAACUUUAGUGUCAAACUCAAGCAUUUAAAUGAAGUCUUGCCACAUGAUGACACAUCAGUAAUGUCUCAUUAACAGUCAUCGUAGCUUAGUGCAGGUUUGGGGCUGUAAUUGCAUUCUUAAGAGGAAACAGGUGCACCGCUCCUGCACUCAAUUUCAGUGGAGUGCAUUGUAUCAAUGGGUUUGUUCCCUCAGACGAAUGUCAGUUAAACUGUGGUUGCUUUGCUCUCCACAGCGUCUCCACAGUUUAAAAGACAAAGCCAGAGGCCAAAAAUCAGCAGCAGCAACGUUUUUUCUUCCUCUUUUAUUAUAGCAGAUCCACCUGGUUUUUGCUAAUGCACUUUACCUGGCGCAUCCUUGAUAUUCUGCUCAGAGAACAGUGGAGACACACCAUCUUUGUUUCUUCCAAAAGGCAAUAAGAACUAAAACACCUGGAGGCGCCCUUCUCUGAUAGCGUUCAGAGAUCACAGCUGUUCCUUUGUGGUUGUUUUAUCGGACAGAGCCCAGUUGAACGUAUGUAUCGCUGUAUCUUGCUGGUUUCUUUUUAAUGCCGCCCUUGUUUUAAGUGUUUUAGUGUUAGUAGAACGUGUUGAUGCCAUAUCGGGGAUCUGGAGCCAGGCAAAGCCAUGGAAACACACUAGAACGCCAGCACUGGCACAAACACGCGGCUCUCGGUUGCAUUGUGCUCCGUGCUUGUUGACGUCUGCUGCCCUUUUAACCACAGAGGAUAUCAUAGCAAGAGGAAAUCACUUUGCACCCACUGAAAUAGUCCCUGCUGUCGUCGUGGUGCGAGGAGCUCGGUCGCCUGCUCCUGCUGCGUCACCAGAAGAACAGGCAGAACGAACCGCAGGGGAAAGUCCCCAUGCAGCCCAGCAUGAGCGGCAUGAAACCCGGCCUCACACACAGUGAUGGAUCCUUUCCUUAUGACUCUGUCCCCUGGCAACAAAACACCAAUCAGCCCCCUGGGUCGUUGUCUGUGGUCACAACAGUGUGGGGCGUAACCAACACGUCACAGAGUCAGGUGCUGGGUAACCCGAUGGCAAACAGCAAUAACCCCAUGAACCCUGGCGCUAACCCUAUGGCAUCGAAUAUGUCAGCCAGCGCGGCGGGGCUCAACUCACCUCAGUUCAGUGCUCAACAGCAACAGUUCCCCAACAAGGGAGGCUCCACACAGCCGUACAUGCAGCAGGGCAUGUACGGCCGGCCUGGCUACCCUGCAGGUCCUGGAGGAUACAGUGGGAGUUAUUCCGGGGGUCCCAACGCCCCUCCAGGAGGCAUGGGCAUGACGUCCCACACACGUCCUCCCGGCGACUUCACGCAACCGGCCGCUGCCGCCGCGGCAGCUGCCGUCGCCGCGGCCGCUGCUACGGCGACGGCCACGGCGACCGCUACGGUGGCAGCUCUGCAGGAGACCCAGAACAAAGAGAUGAACCAGUACGGACAGAUGUGUUCAUCCUUCCAAAUGGGUCCAACUCAGGCCUACAAUAGCCAGUUCAUGAACCAGCCAGGCCCACGAGGGCCCCCCGGUGGCAUGAAUCCAGCCGGCAUGGGAUCAGCCAUGAACAACCCCAACAUGAGUGGGCCUCCCAUGGGGAUGAACCAGGCUCGAACUCCAGGUAUGGGGCCUUUUGGAGCGCACGGCCAGAGGAUGCCUCAGCAGGGCUAUCCCAGCGGACCCCGGCAGGGCAUGCCCAUGCAGGGGAUGAAGAGGCCGUACCCCGGGGAGUCGAGCUACGGCGGCCAACAGUAUGGGCCGAACAGUCAGUUCCCGCCGCAGCAAGGGCAGUACCCCACGUCGAACGCCUCCAGGCCGCUGCCCUCUCCCAACUACCCCGGCCAGAGGAUGCCGGCGCAGCAGGGCCAAGGACAGUACCCGCCUGGCAUGCCCUUGGGCCAGUAUUAUAAGCAAGAGCCUUUCAACGGCCAGAGCACCAACUUCUCUGGAGGUGGCUACUCCUACGGGCAAGGCAAUGGGCCCCACAGGCCCGGUAACUACCCCCACUCCCCGGUCCCUGGAAACCCCACACCCCCUAUGACCCCAGGCAGCAGCAUUCCCCCCUACCUGUCGCCAAACCAGGAUGUGAAGCCCCCUUUCCCGCCCGACAUGAAACCAAAUAUGACAGCACUUCCACCCCCUCCGACCAACCCCAACGAGGAGCUGAGGCUGACGUUCCCAGUCAGGGACGGAGUGGUGCUGGAGCCCUUCCGCUUGGAGCACAACCUGGCUGUGAGCAACCACGUCUUCCACCUUCGACCCUCCGUCCACCAGACCCUCAUGUGGAGGUCGGACCUCGAGCUGCAGUUCAAGUGCUACCACCAUGAGGACAGGCAGAUGAACACCAACUGGCCGGCCUCUGUCCAGGUCAGCGUCAACGCCACGCCGCUCACCAUCGAGAGGGGGGACAACAAAACCUCCCACAAGCCAUUGCACCUGAAGCACGUGUGCCAGCCCGGGAGGAACACCAUCCAGAUCACAGUGACCGCCUGCUGCUGCUCCCACCUGUUUGUGCUGCAGCUGGUCCACAGGCCAUCUGUGCGAUCCGUCCUCCAGGGGCUCCUGAAGAAGAGGCUCCUUCCUGCAGAACACUGCAUCACCAAGAUUAAGAGGAACUUCAGCAGCGUGGCAGCCUCCACAGGCAGCACCACCCUCAACGGAGAGGACGGCGUGGAGCAGACGGCCAUCAAAGUGUCGCUGAAAUGUCCCAUCACCUUCCGACGCAUCCAGCUGCCCGCGCGGGGGCACGACUGCAAACACGUGCAGUGCUUUGACCUGGAGUCCUACUUGCAGCUGAACUGUGAGAGGGGGACGUGGAGGUGUCCUGUGUGCAAUAAAACAGCGUUGUUAGAAGGCCUGGAGGUUGACCAGUACAUGUGGGGAAUCCUCAAUGCCAUCCAAAAUUCAGAGUUUGAGGAAGUCACCAUAGACCCGACGUGCAGCUGGCGACCCGUUCCUAUAAAGUCUGAGCUACACAUCAAGGAGGACCCCGACGGGCCGCUGGCCAAGCGCUUCAAGAGCAUGAGCCCCAGUCAGAUGACCAUGCCCAAUGUGAUGGACAUGAUCGCCCAGCUAGGGCCCGGCCCCGGCCCGGGGUCCGGACCCGGCCCCGCGCCGGGCCCGGUGCCGUAUCCCUCGCACCCUGGACAGCACGCUAGUGGCAACGGGGGGGAAUACCCAGGGGCAGGCAACGCUUACCAUGGCCAGGGGAAUUUCGACUUUCCCCACGGGACCCCCUCUGGUGGCGGCGGCGGAGGAGGGGGUGGGCCCCCUAUGAGUGACUUCAUCCAUGCCCCCCAGCUGUCCCACCCCCCAGAUGCACCAGGUGGACUCCUCUCCCAGGACAAGCCCCUUAAUCACGGCAUGAAUGAUGCAAUGUCGCACCCCGAUCAGUCCCAUAACUCCAUGCAGCAGAGCUUGCAUGCGUCUCCCCACCCCGGCGGCCAGUCAGGGCCGCCCUUGCAUCACGGCGGCCAGUCAGGGCCGCCCUUGCAUCACGGCGGCCAGCCGUCGCAGCCGCCUCGCACGUCGCAACCUCAGCAGCCCGGGCAGAACAGCCUCCCCCACAGCGAUCUGAACUUUAACCCCUCCUCAGACGGGCCCAUGGGUCCGGGAGCCCAGGAAAUGCCCGAACCCUCCCUGGAUCUGCUUCCGGAGCUGGCCAACCCAGACGAGCUGCUGUCCUACCUGGACCCCCCCGACCUCCCCGCCAACAGCAACGACGACCUCCUCUCCCUCUUCGAGAACAAUUAGCCCCCCGGUGCGUCGGCCCCGUCCGUCCACAGACACGUCACAGACCCACUAUCGACACCUCAGCCAGCGCUCUGUGCUCACACGCACGCAGCAGACAGUGCGCCGCGUAAGAAAGGAGGCGUCUCGUUUGGGGAAGACUCCGAGGGAGAAAGCAGGAACGCCUCUCACCCCCCCCAACACUCCCGUUUUGCCUUUUUGCCUCUUGUAAAGAUUCCACGCACCAGUUGCUACCGCCUCUGACUUAAACACACCAUUUACACAUUUACAGCCAUGUCGGCAGGCACUAAAGUAAAACAUACUGAAAACUGUGCAGCUAAUCAUCAUGUGUAUCAACACGGGGGAGACAGGAGCCUGUGUGGGCUCUACGAGACAUGUUGUAGCUUUCUUUUUAUUUGUUUUUUUUAUUGUCAUCUUGUGAAAAAAGAAAAGAAUCAGAGGGGAAAAAAAUCAUCGUUUUGUAACUGUUUUUAUCCUAUUUAAAUGUGUUCUUCCAACACUUUGGCACAUGCUCUUUGACCCCCACCCCCCCAGGCUUUUAGUGUGUGUGUGUGUGUGUGUGCGUCUGGUGUGUGUGAAGAAGUCACAAGAAUCAAAGCGCUGUGAGAGCAAAUUAAAACGUCCUUCGGUGUCAACAAAGGAAACGAGCCCAUGUUGUGCAAUAUUAUGUGUGUGUGUGUGUGUGUGUGUGUGUGUGUGUGUGUGUGUGUGUGUGUGUGUGUGUGUGUGUGUGUGUGUGUGUGUGUGUGUGUGUGUGUGUGUUUGUGUGUUUGUGUGUGUGCGUUUGUGUUUGUGUGUGUGCGUGCGUGUGUGUGUGCAUGUGUGUGCGUGCAUGUGUGUGUGUUAAUGAGACAGAUGAAGGAAGAACAUUUCACCGUCUCAUUUCUCCUCCAACUAGUCUGCAGUUGUGCUCAUAGUAAUGUUCUGCUCAUCCUCACCACGCUCUUUCGCUCUUUUCUCUUCCUUUGAGUGUCCGUGUGCCAAAGGCUCCUUUUGUCUUUGUCCAGACUAACCGUGCUUUAAAUCAGCUCCGCUCCUGGUUUCUACUUAUUCUUUUACUUCACACUCGUAGUUUUCCUCUAUGGUUGUCAUUUUCUGUGUUUUAUCUGUGUCCUGUAUUUAAGGGUAAUCAGAAACACAUCACCAAAGUCUAUUCCUCACAUUUAAUGAGGGGAAGAGCAGGAUUUCAACCUCCUACAGAAGCUUUUAAAUCUGUAUUUUAAACGUCUGUGUGACCGUGUCGUUUUUUCCUUUUGUUACUGUCCAACUUCAGCUUUCUGGGGUAAAAAACAUCCUGCAUGAUCCAACAGUGUUUCCAGAACUGUUGUAAAUACCCUUUGUGAAUACUUUGUGACUGUGCAGUACUGUACCUAUCUAUCUAUUACUGGCAACUACAUGGUACCGUAUGUCUGUCAAAGAAUACACAUACACACACACAAUCCCUUCCCAGUCCAAAAUUGUAACAGAUUUCGAUGCACUCUCACUGGCUGUGUGUCGCGUACAGUUUUCCACUUCCCCCCUGCGACAACGCAACGAUGAAAAGGAGCAUUUGAAUUAUGCAGCCGGAAAUGCGCGUUAUUGUUUCCGUCCGCUGUGGCGAAAGCAGCUCUAAGAGUCAUUCGCUUUAUUAUUAUCGCCACAAAUGAGCUCGUCCUUUUUAUUUAAAGAAAGAAUGUGCAAAAUCUUUUAUUUUUGGAGGCCUAAUAAUGAGUUUUUAUAAGCAUACUGAGAAAAAUGUGUAAACAUGAUUUGUGUAUUUUCAUCUCAUCUUGUACGAGUUCCAUUUUUUUUAAGUUAAUGUUUUUGUCCAGUGUUUUUAUUACUGGUAUGAUUUGGUUUACACGGUUUUAUGCAGUACAUUCUAUCAACUUAAACUAUAUGUUGUCACAUGAAAUCCCCCCCGUUGUAAUCUGAUUGAACAACCAAUUGUGGCUUCACUGGUCUUAAUCAAAUGACCUGCAUAUAACACAGUUGAAGGAUCAGAUGUUGUUUGUUUGUUUGUUUGUUUGUUUGUUUUGUAUGUUUGUCUGUUGGUUUCUUUGUUAAAGACAAUGCACUGCCCCAUCGGGAUGUUUUAAUUCCCUACACAGUGUGUAACUGUAACCUUUCACAAAAUCACGUCUAGUAAUUCGAAUGAUACAAAUUGUACGGUCUGAUUGCAGACUUUCGAAAUUUAGCUGGAAAGGUGAUUUGAAAGACAAUGCAAUUAAUCUUGUGAGAUGAAAUUUGGUUGGGCAAUGCUCCUUCCAUAACCAGGGCAGAUUGUGCCAGAGGGUCGGGGGUGUAGGGGAAACAUGUAUAUAAUGUAAAUGACAGAUAGAGACACGAUAACAGAAAUGUAUUCAUUUUCUCCAGGGGGAGUGUGCAUAGUGUAUUUAGAAUUUGUAAAGCUUGCAUCCUCCUGUCAGACAUUGAAUUGGGAAAAUGUGUUUGAUUGCGUCUGGGCAGACCUCUCUAACCACGCCUGUUCAUUUAUGUAAGAUACUUUAUGUGCCCCUCCACGUGGGGUUUCCAAGAAAAAAGACACUUUCCUCCGUGUAAUAUUAAACCGCUGUGUAUUUCUCUAUUACCUGUCUACUUUAUAAAGGUGCUACAAAAUUAUUAACACCUGCUGAGGUAUAAUUGGGACUUGGAGACAUCGAGCUUAGAGUGGCUCUUAAGGGUUGUUUCCACAUUUACAGUUUGUAAAAAAAAGAAAAACAUUUUGUCAAAUUUAUAAUUUUUAUGCAAUUUGGCAUAAGAUGCUAUAAAGGUACAAUCUGAAGUGAUUGGCACAACAGAUGGCAGUUGUCUCUUUGAUUUUGUACAUUCUGUGUACAAUCAUUUCAUAUUCUAAACUGGUCAGAGAAACAUUGUGAUUUUUAGUCUUGCAAAUCUGUAUGUAGUUAGAUGAUGUGACAGCCUAAUAUUUAUCUAAUAAAUAUGUAUUCAGAUGAAACAAUUAA